AUGGUUUCUCCCUUAAAAACUACGACAUUGCCAAGAUUGGAAUUGUGUGCAGCUCUUUUGUUGGCGAAACUAUACAGCGCCACUGUAAAAUCUUUGCAAUUGCAAUUUUCAAAAAUCUAUUUUUGGUCUGAUUCCACAAUUGCCCUCAAUUGCUUAAAUACGCCUCUACAUACACUAAAAACGUUUGAAGCCAAUCGGGUAGCCGAAAUACAAGAAAAAACUGAAGGUCAUGAGUGGCGACACGUAACUACUCAUGACAAUCCUGCUGACUUGAUCUCUCAUGGUCAAGGACCUCAGGAGUUUUUAAACAAUAAGUUUUGGUCCCACGGUCCUAACUGGCUCAGGAAAAAAGAUGAUGCGUGGCCUCAAUUAAACAUAAAAAAUCAUGAAAGAUCGGAAGUCCGCGAAAGUUCACCAAUGAAGUCAUUAAAAAUCACACUACUAGGAACAAAUAUCUUGGAAAGGGUCAGUAGCUUUAAAAAACUGCAAUCCAUAAUCGCGUACUGUUUUCGAUUUUUCAAUAAUCUCAAAAACAAGACUGAAUUAACGAGAAAAUCAGGUAGACUUUCACAAACGAAACUUGAUGUGGCAUCACAGGCGAUUAUUAAAUUAACUCAAGCCGAAGCGUUUCCGAAAGAAUUGCGUGCUUUAUCGCGUAAUCAAUGUGUCGAUCUAAAGAGUCCUCUUGUUCGAUUAAACCCAUUUUUAGAUCAGGGUAUUUUAAGAGUGGGGGGUAGACUCGUUCACUCGAAUAUUCCUGAUUCGAAAAAGCACCCGAUCGUUCUUCCAAGAAAUCAUAAUAUCACGACAAUAAUCAUUCGCGAUGAACAAAUAAAACGUUUUCAUGCUGGGCAUCACGCAACUCUAUACGGAGUUCGUGAAACGUAUUGGCCCGUUGAUGGUCAUAAUAUGCCGAGAAACAUCAUUAGACAAUGCGUAACAUGCUUUCGCGCAAAACCUCGUGAGACGAAUUAUUUGAUGGGAAAUUUACCCAAAGAGCGCGUUUCUUUUACAAGACCCUUUGAGCAUGUGGGAGUAGAAUAUUGUGGAGCGUUUUUUGUUAAACAACAUUGCCACAGAAAUCGUACCAAGGUAAAAACGUAUGUCUCGAUUUUCGUCUGCUUAGCGACAAAGGCAGUGCACUUAGAAAUCGCAAGUGAUUUAACGACAGAGGCAUUUAUUGCUUGUCUGUCUCGUUUUUUCUCUCGCAGAGAUUUGCCUAGUUCAAUUUCGUCUGACAAUGCUACCAAUUUUGUUGGGGCAAAUAAUGAAUUAAGGAAUCUCUGUAAACAAAUCGAGUCACUAGAACAAAAUGAAGGGGUACAAAACUACUUGACUAAAAAGGGAACAACAUGGAAUUUUAUACCCCCUAGAGCUCCACACUACGGUGGUCUUUGGAAAGCCUCAGUAAAAUCCUUUGAACUUUAUUUUACACGGGUAACUGGUAACUCAUUGCUGACAUACGAACAACUUCACACGUAUGUCACUGAAAUUGAAGCGAUACUCAACUCUCGCCCUCUUACUCCAUUGUCUCCCGAUCCCAAUGAUUUCCUCCCUCUAACCCCAGGUCACUUCCUCAUAGGUAAAUCCAUGGUUAGCUUUCCUAGCAGAGAUUUGCGCAACAUACCAGCCAAUCGUUUAAAUUGUUGGCAACUUGCACAGCAGAUGAGGCAACAUUUUUGGGACCGCUGGUACAAGGAGUACUUUAAUGAGUUAAUUUCAAGAAGUAUAUGGCAAGUCACAAGCGACCAGAGCAUGAUUAAACUUGGAACGCUCGUGGUUAUUAACGAAGAUAAUUUGCCACCUAUGAUGUGGAAGUUGGGUCGCAUCACUGAAACGCAUCCAGGAAAAGAUGGAGUUAUACGCUCUGUAACCUUACGAAGUGUCUCCGAAAUCUACAAAUGA